CCCCUAUCUUCUCCGCUGAUAGCGAGCUUCAGCAUUCCAACUGAAGCACCAGCCAGGCUCUCCCAUGGCGUGCGCUUCGCUUUUACCGUCCGCCGCGUCGUCGUUUCACGGUCAAGUCCUAGCCCCUGCAGCUCCGCCUUCCGUGCGACUGCCCUGGGGGAGCCAGAGGAGCAGGGGUGCCGCGGUCUCCGUCAGGGCCUCCGACGGGAUAGUGCUGGUGGAGAAGUCGGAAGCGGAGAAGGUGCACAGGCUCAAGGCCACUUACCUCGAGAAGAUUAUCCCCCUGCUGAAAGAAGAGUUCUCCUACACUAACAUUCACCAGGUUCCGAAGAUUGAAAAGAUUGUUGUCAACUGCGGUAUGGGAGAUGCCGCCCAGAAUGCAAAGGGUUUGGAAGCGGCCAUGAAUGAUAUGGCGCUCAUUACAGGGCAGAGACCCGUGAAGACUCGAGCGAGGGCAUCCUUGGCUACUUUCAAGAUCAGAGAAGGCCAGCCACUAGGAAUCGCAGUCACACUCAGAGGAAAUAUUAUGUACUCGUUCCUAGACCGGCUGAUCAAUUUGGGAUUCCCCAGGACAAGGGACUUCCAGGGUGUGAAUCCUAACAGCUUUGACGGUCAUGGAAACUACAGCGUUGGUAUUCGCGAUCAGAGCGUCUUCCCUGAGAUCAGAUUCGAUGCUCUUGGGAAGCCUAAAGGUAUGGAUGUGUGCAUCACAACAACAGCCAAGACCGAUCAGGAAGGCCAGAGGCUGCUGGCCCUCAUGGGCAUGCCUUUCAGAGAAGGUGGUGGCCCCGCAGUCGUACAGCGCAAGAAGAAGCUGAAGGCCCACCAUUUCGAUUCCAAAUCGAAGGGCAGGUCGCGAAGAUGAGGAUUGCUUUUGUUUUGCUCGUAAUUCAACGUAAGAGGUUCGUGUAGCUUUGUCUUGUUGUAUUUAUAUCGAGGUUGUGUCAUCAAUAUUUGUCAUUGCUGAAUGAUGAACGAUGAUCUUUUUCUCGUAACAGAUUGAUCUUUCAGCUAGAGUUGUUUGAUUCCAUAUCAGAAUUUUACAUUGACUCCACAUUCUUUUUUCAAUUGAAGUGUCUGUGUAUUCAUCC